UGGUGUGCGCCUCACUCGAGCGAUGAUCUUUGCCAUCGAGGAGAUCAAUAACAGGACGGAGCUGCUGCCAGGAGUCAAACUCGGGUAUCAGAUCCACGACUCGUGUGCCUCUGUACCGGUGGCCAUGCAUGCAGCCAUUCAGCUGCUAAACAGCAAUGACUCUGUGUUUAACUCGGGCGACAACUGUUCUCACUCUGGUGUGGUGAUGGCCGUUGUUGGUGAGUUUGGAUCCACGUUGUCCAUGAGCAUAUCGCGUGUUUUGGGACCGUUUAACAUUCCCCUGGUGAGUCCCUACUCCACUUGUGCCUGCCUGUCGGAUAAGAAACAGUAUCCGACGUUUUUCAGAACUAUUCCCAGUGACCAGUUUCAAGCUGAUGCUCUGGCCAAGCUGGUGAAACACUUUGGCUGGACUUGGAUCGGAGCCGUCCGGUCGGACUCGGAUUAUGGAAAUAAUGGCAUGGCAGCCUUUCUAGAAGUUGCACUCAGAGAGGGGAUCUGUGUGGAGUACUCUGAAGCCUUUUAUCGGACCAACCCACGCAGCAAAAUCCAAAGAGUCGCUGAUAUUAUCAGAAGGUCAACAUCAAAAGUUGUGGUGGCUUUUGUGGCAAUUGGAGACAUGAAGGUCCUGUUAGAGGAGCUGGCUCAGGAGCCUCCUCCGCCUCGCCAGUGGGUUGGAAGUGAGGCCUGGAUCACCGAACCACAACUGCUGAGCUACACUUUCUGUGCUGGGGCCAUCGGAGUUGCAAUCCAGCAAUCUGUCAUCCCUGGCUUUAGAGACUUCCUCCUGGAUCUCUCUCCCUCAGAAGUGCGCGGCUCUUCAGUGCUGACUGAGUUCUGGGAGGACGCGUUCAACUGCAGCCUGAAGGAAAGCAAUUAUACAUCCAAAAGAAUGUGUAAUGGAAAAGAGGACUUGACGACACUCCAGAGCCCGUACACCGACACCUCUCAGCUGAGAAUAACGAACAUGAUGUACAAGGCUGUUUAUGCAAUAGCGCAUGCUAUUCAUAAUGCAUUGUUUCAAAAAGUAAAUUUCACCCUUCUUCAAACACAAAGGCUGGAGUCAAAAGAGGUUUUUACUGAGCUUAAGCAAGUUAACUUUUCCCAAAAUGGUUAUCAUGUGUCAUUUGAUGCGAAUGGGGAUCCAGUGGCUUUUUAUGAACUGGUGAACUGGCAGAAGAGUGCGAGAGGAACAAUCGAUCCUUUAACGGUGGGGUUUUAUGACGCUUCGCUGCCAGAAGGCCAGAAGUUUCGUAUCAACAGGAAAAUAACUUGGGUCGAAGGUGGCAGUCAAGUAAUGAUAAGUGUUAAAGCAAUACAAAUCUGUUGUGCUACUUCUGAAAUUAUUUUGCUCAUAUUUGGACAUUUUUUUGUUUCAGAUUCCAGUCUCAGUUUGCUCAGAGAGUUGUCCUCCAGGAACUCGGUGAAGUCAAUACUGGCUGAGACAAAUUCAGCUGGACUUCCAGAUAAAUGCAGCCUGCAGGGUACUGCUCGUUUACCUGCAUUCUCCAUGGAGGGGGACUACGUUAUCGGCGGCGUUUUCUCCAUCCACAACAGCAUGAACACGGUGGAGAAUAACUACACCACAGCACCCGAGUCUCCCAGCUGCUCAGGGAGAAUAGACCCCCGUGAAGUGCGCUUCGCUCGUGCGAUGAUCUUCGCCAUCGAAGAAAUAAAUAACAGCACAGAGUUUCUCCCGGACGUCAGGCUCGGAUACCAGAUCCAUGACUCGUGCGCCUCUGUGCCUGUGGCUGUGCAUGCAGCAUUUCAGCUGUCAAAUGGCCAGGAUCCUGUGUUUUAUGGGGGUGAAAACUGCUCUCAGUCUGGAGUGGUGAUGGCUGUUGUGGCUGAGUCCGGGUCCACGCCAUCCAUCAGCAUAUCACGCAUUAUUGGGUCUUUUCACAUUCCACAGGUGAGCCACUACGCCACGUGUGCCUGCCUGUCGGAUAAGAAACAGUAUCCAACAUUUUUCAGAACCAUUCCCAGUGACCAGUUUCAAGCUGAUGCUCUGGCCAAGCUGGUGAAACACUUUGGCUGGACUUGGAUCGGAGCCGUCCGGUCGGACUCGGAUUAUGGAAAUAACGGCAUGGCGGCCUUUCUAGAAUGCGUGAAAGCAGAAGACAAUGAGCCUCUCGCCUUGCAGAUGGACGGGGAUGUUGUCAUAGGGGGAUUUUUCCCUUUGCACUAUCUGGCCUCUGAGCUUCAGCACAGCUACCAAAGCAAACCCCUGGCCACACCUUGCAGCGGAUUUGAUCACAGAGCCUUCCGCUGGAUGAUGACGAUGGCGUUUGCCGUGGAGGAAAUAAACAACAAGUCCAGCCUCCUGCCUGGUGUCAAGCUCGGCUACCGCAUCUUGGACAGCUGUGACAAUGUCCACAGUAGCCUGCAGGCACUUUUCUCCUUAGCGCAAACGUUAUUAACAACGCGGGAUGAUGAAACUCCCAGCUGUCUGUCUGGCUCUCCCAUCCCCGCCGUCAUUGGUCUCGCAUCGUCGUCCCCAACAAGGGCUGUAGCUCAAGUUCUUGGCUCUUUCCACAUCCCGCUGGUGAGUUAUUUUGCCACUUGCACCUGCCUCAACGACAAGCACGUGUAUCCGUCAUUUUUGCGGACUGUGCCGAGCGACCUUUUCCAAGUCGGAGGUCUGGUGCAGCUGGUCACAUUCUUAGGAUGGCAGUGGGUGGGCACCAUCGGGACGACAGAUGACUACAGUCAGUAUGGCAUACAGGAGUUCUCCAGUCACUUUGGACACAGCGGUGGCUGCGUGGCUUUCCACCUGACUAUUCCGAAAUCACCGACAGCGGCUGAGAUUCAGGACAUGGCGGACAUGCUGCAGAUCUCCACCGCAAACGUGGUGGUGGUUUUUGCGGCAGAAGGACAACUUUUGGAUUUGUUCCUGGAACUUUCUCGUAGAAAUGUAACAGGGAUCCAGUGGGUGGCCAGUGAAGCCUGGGUGACGGCCGGCCUUCUGACGUUUCCGGACUUCCACAGCCUUUUAGAGGGAACGCUUGGCUUCUCCUUCCCCGGAGUCAAUAUCCCAGGGUUGAAAGAGUUCCUCCUUAAUGUCCAUCCGUCUCCCGAGCCGGGAAUGGAGUUCAUCAACAUGUUCUGGGAGGAGCAGUUUGGAUGUCAGCUCCAGGAAUCCAACGAACGUAUAAAUGCUGAUCCAAAGCCUGUAUGUACAGGCUCGGAAGACCUGAGCCUCACGUCAAGCAGCUACACUGACGUAUCUCGGGUCAGAAUAUCCUACAAUGUGUAUAAGGCCGUGUUUGCCAUCGCCCACGCUCUCCACAACUUACUUAACUGUGACUCUGCAGGAAUAAAUGAGGGUAUGUGUGACAAGAACACAGAAUUCACUGCAGGACAGCUGCUGGACCAUCUGAAAAAGGGAAAUUUCACAAAUCAGUUUCAGGAGAGAGUUUACUUUGACGCUAACGGAGAGCCGGUCCCUUUAUAUGACAUCAUUAACUGGCAGAAGGACAGCAAGGGGAAAAUCAGAUUUGUUAAAGUAGGAGGCUAUGAUGGUUCAGCUCCACAGGGACAACAGCUGAAGAUAAAUGGCAGCAUUAUUGUAUGGACAGGAGGCCAGUCACAGGUGCCCGUGUCUCAGUGCAGCGCUCCGUGUCGCCCAGGCAGCCGACAGGCCAGACGUCCAGGAAAACCUCCUUGCUGCUUUGACUGCCUGCCUUGUGCGGAUGGAGAGAUCAGCAACCAGACAGGCUCCACCGAGUGCAUUAAAUGCCCCGACUCCUACUGGUCCGACAAAGACAAGGUGAAAUGCGUCGCAGGUGUUGAAGAGUUCCUAUCUUUCAGCGAGACCAUGGGCAUCGUCCUGGUUCUGCUGACCUUGCUUGGCGUCGUCCUGACAGCCAUCAUUACUGUGAUCUUCCAUCGUUUUCGCACCACGCCCAUCGUUAAGGCCAACAACUCCGAAAUAAGUUUCCUGCUUCUUCUGUCGCUGAAGCUCUGCUUCCUCUGUUCCCUGGUGUUCAUUGGCCAACCCUCGGUGUGGACAUGCAUGCUGCGCCAGGCGGCGUUUGGGAUUAGCUUCGUCAUCUGCCUGUCCUGUCUCCUGGUCAAGACUGUUGUCGUUCUUUUGGCCUUCCGGGCCAACAUACCGAGCUCCGGGGGUCUGAAACUGUUUGGUCCAACCCAACAGAGGACUAUGAUCUUCUGCACAACGACUCCUCAGAUUUGUCUGUGUGUUGGCUGGCUCUUGGGUGCACCUCCAUUCCCUAUCAGAAAUCCCACAUAUCAAGCUUCAUAUGGAAAAAUUGUUUUGGAGUGUAAGGAGCCGUGGCCUCUUGGGUUUUACCUGCUGCUGAGCUACAUCGGCCUGCUUGCGUUUGUGUGCCUCUUGCUGGCAUUCCUCGGACGGAAGCUGCCGGACACCUUCAAUGAAGCCAAGCUCAUCACCUUCAGCAUGCUGAUUUUCUGGGCGGUGUGGAUCUGUUUCAUCCCAGCUUACGUCAGUUCACCCGGAAAGUUCUCAGUAGCAGUGGAGAUAUUUGCAAUACUGGCUUCCAGUUUUGGUCUUUUGUUGUGCAUCUUUGUACCCAAAUGUUACAUAAUUCUUCUUCAUCCUGAAAGGAACAUUAGAAAAGGUAUGACUGGAAAAUAUAGAUAAAAAUCCAUAUACCUUUUUCUUUUUUUUUUUAUCAAAUAAACACAAUUUCUUUUUCCGUUGUUGCUAUCCCUAUUAAAAUGCCUUUUUAAAGUUGU